AUGGAGCUGAAACCUGGUCUCUCAGCUCUCGUCACCGGCGGAGCCUCCGGUAUCGGGAGAGCUCUCUGCUUAGCUCUGGGAGCUAAGGGAGUGUUUGUGACAGUUGUUGAUUACUCUGAAGAAAGAGGAAAGGAAGUUGAAGCACUUGUUCGGAAAGAGAAUGCCAAGUUCCAUAGCAAUUUGAAGUUUCCAUCUGCCGUCUUUGUAAAAUGCGACGUGACGAAUACAGGUGAUAUAACUGCUGCAUUUGACAAGCAUGUAGCGACAUUUGGAGGUUUGGAUGUCUGUAUUAACAGUGCAGGCGUUGCUAGUUCCAUUCCAUUCUACAAGGAUCAAACUGAUGGCACUCGUACAUGGAGAAGAACAGUGAACGUGAAUUUUAUUGCAAUUAUAGAGUGCACUUAUCUCGCUAUUAAAACAAUGCAAGCUAUGCAAAAGCCUGGGGUAAUUAUCAAUAUGGGGUCUGCCUCGGGUCUUUACCCAAUGGUCACGGAUCCAAUUUACUCUGGUUCGAAAGGUGGCGUUAUUCUAUUUACUCGAUCCCUUGUUACCUAUAAACGUCAAGGGAUUCGUAUCAAUGUGCUCUGUCCAGAAUUUGUGGAAACUGAGAUGGGCUCAAUGAUCGAUUCUAAAAUGAUUGAUUUAUCGGGGGGCUUUCUCUCUAUGGAAAUGGUGGUGAAAGGUGCUUUUGAGCUUAUAGCUGAUGAGAGUAAAGCUGGUUCAUGCUUAUGGAUUACAAAUCGGAGAGGCAUGGAAUAUUGGCCAACCCCCACAGAAGAAAAGAAAUACUUGCUUACCUCUUCAAGAUCGAGAAAAAGAACUAUGGCAAAAGCUCCUUUUCAAACACCUUUGAAUAUUCAGCUUCCAGAAAGCUAUGAGAAGUUAGUUGUUCACACAUUGACCCACAAUUUCCGGAAUGCUACCCAUAUUGUUCGUGCAGCAUUGAGAUUACCUAUUAAACCACAUCAGGUUCUUGUGAAAAUCAUUUAUGCUGGUGUAAACGCAAGUGAUGUAAAUUUCAGCUCAGGGCGUUAUUUCUCUGGAUCCAACAAAGGCCUUGGCCCCCAGCUUCCAUUUGAUGCUGGUUUUGAGGCCGUGGGGAUAAUUGCAGCAGUAGGAGACUCUGUCACUCACUUGGAAAUUGGUACUCCUGCUGCAAUCAUGAUUUUUGGAAGUUAUGCUGAAUUCAUGAUGGUUCCUUCAAAACACAUCCUUCCUGUGGAAAGACCAGAUCCAGAAGUUGUUGCAAUGCUUACUUCAGGACUAACAGCAUCAAUCGCUCUAGAGAAGGCGGGAGGACAAAUGGAAUCUGGAAAAGUAGUUCUUGUUACUGCUGCUGCUGGAGGGACUGGGCAAUUUGCUGUCCAGCUCGCAAAGCUAGCCGGAAAUAAAGUGGUUGCAACUUGUGGAGGUGCAGACAAGGCAAAACUUUUGAAAGAAUUGGGGGUUGAUCGAGUCAUAGAUUAUAAAGCUGAAGACAUAAAAACUGUUCUAAAGAGAGAGUUUCCAAAAGGUAUCGACAUUAUCUAUGAGUCAGUUGGUGGCCACAUGUUCGAUUUGUGCUUGAAUGCUCUGGCAGUUUAUGGGCGGCUUAUUGUAAUUGGAAUGAUUUCUCAGUAUCAAGGAGAGCAUGGGUGGAAGCCGUCAAACUACCCUGGAAUUUGCGAGAAGCUUUUAGCCAAAAGCCAAACUGUGGCUGGGUUCUUCUUGGUACAAUAUAGUCAGUUCUGGCAGGAACACCUGGAUAAACUUGUUCAUCUUUUCACAGCAGGAAAACUGAAGGUUUCCUUAGAUCCGAAACAAUUUCUUGGUGUCCAUUCUGUUCCGGAUGCUGUCGAGUAUCUUCAUUCCGGUAAAAGUGUGGGGAAGGUUGUGGUUUGCAUUGAUCCAUCCUACAGGCAACAAACAUCGAGAUUAUGAGCAGAUGGUCUUUUGGUUCAUGGUAAUAUUUUCUCUGUUUUUGAACAUUGAACCUAUUUGCUACAAAGAACAUGUAUACUUGCAGAUUCGUUUAAUAAGAUAAACUGAAAGCCUUGAAUGGUGAAGAGUCAACAAACAGUUGGGCCAAAUACAAAUAAAAAGACACAUGGAGAUCCAUACAGAUACAAAUACGAGCAGUAUAAUUUGAGUGCCAUACAUGAACCAUACAGAGUUGUACUUUAGUUGCAAAUCUAUUGUGUAUUAAAUUUGAUACUCUUUUGUAUUAACACCUAAAUUUGAACUUCUUUUGUAUCAACAUUGAACCUCUUUUGCAUUAACACCUAUAUAUGGGGGCAAUUUAGUACAGUAUAUAAGCUUUGUGCUGCGAGCAGCACUUCUAUGCUUAUUCUUUUAGUGAUGCC